UUUCAAAUCCCCCCUCAAAAUCAAAGCCAAGCGGGCAUUGACCUUGUUUCAUUUGCCCUGGCUCAUACUCCUAGCCGCAACGAGGGAACCACUGCGGGUUUGCCUUAGGAAGGUAAAUCAGACAAUGAAAGCCUCGAAGGAUCUCAAGAGUCGGUGUACUAUUCGCACGACGGGUCGGAGCCUGUAGCGAGAGAGAACCCUCCCAAUACUCGCUAUCCUAGAUUCCUUGACUCUCAGGCUCCGCCCGACGACUUGACUAGAGAUCCUGUCGCUCUUGUUGAGGAACAAGCCGCUGCCACCUUUGAGUUUGGUCCUUCGCCGGUUUACACUCCCUAUGGCUUCACUCGUCCACCACAUUUUCUUCGACCAGGCGAAGCAGGCGACGGCAAUCACAUUGAUCGUGCCACUUUUCUUGCUAAUGAGUCUGUCGCUGCCGCUGAGAGACACGCCCAAGCUACUUUUGAGUUUGGCCCUUCGCCGAUUUAUACUCCUUAUGGGUUCACUCAACCACCACAGCGGGUUCUACCCCAAGUCUCGCCACAGAUUCCUCAUAGCCAUUCUCUCAACUCUCUUCGAUUUAGCGAGGGCAACGAUGAGUCUGGUACCUCGACCGUUCAGCCGCUGACUAGCGACUCUCUCGCCACUGCUGAGAGCCAGGCCGGUUCUGCCUAUGAGUUUAGUCCUGAGUCAUCCCAGUCUGUUCUUGGAUAUCGUCGACCGCAGCUGAUCCCGCAUAGCCAAUCUCUCAACUCACUUAGAUCUAGUGAGGGAAGCGAUGAACCUGCUGAUUCUACUCCAACUCAUCGCCGCCAUGGCGUAUUUGGACGCGGUUACUUCAGUCCAGGUGUCACGACCGCGGCCAGCGAGCCGCGCAACUACGCACCACGAACUGCAGGUCGUGCUGGCGUUAGCCCUGUCAUGAUGCACCCUCCUCCUAGAUUUGAUUUAGGAGCGGCGGUCGCCCCCCCUGCUGACAAUGAACAUCGGAAUAUUGAAGCCCAGCUUGUGCGUCAGAUUGUGC